AUGUUGCGCCUGGCUUACCUUCUAACCGCGGCGGCCUCGCUCGCGUCGGCCAACAUCAACUUCACUUGGGUGCAACCCAGCUGCAGCCCUACCGAUACCUACAACAAGUGUCUCCGCGGCCAGCACUGCGAGGGAACAACAUGUUACGCCAAUGUCGAAAUGCCAGCCGAGCACAACUGGGACCAUGAGGAACUGGAAAAGAGGGAAUACAUGGCGGCCGGCUUCAGGCUGGCGCCUGCACACGCACACUUCCGCCUCGGCAAGAGACAGGGCGGCGCUGUCACCACUGACGGUUCUUGCGGGGCCCAGAACGGUGGCAAGGUCUGUGGCAAUUGGGCCAGUGGUUCCUGCUGCUCCAAGUAUGGAUAUUGCGGAAAGACCAACGCCUACUGUGGCGACGGCUGUCAGAACGGGCCUUGCCUGAACGCUCAGAGUACCAGCUCCAAGUCGACUUCGAGCUCUUCGGCCCCCACUUCGUCGUCAACCUCCAGCACCAUCAGCGCAGAGUCGGCUGUACAGACCGACGUGCCUACAAAGGACGGAAGCUGUGGCAAGCAAUUCGGCAACACCAUCUGCGGCAGCUGGAAGGACGGCAACUGCUGCUCCGAAUGGGGCUACUGUGGCAAAACUGAGGCCUACUGUGGUACCGGCUGCCAGAGCGGCGACUGUCUAGACGCCCAAUCUGCAUAUCCUGCGGAGAGCUCGUCGACUUCGUCAGCAUCCACUCCUUCAUAUUCACCAGCCCCGCCCAACUCGGCGGCUGGCGCUUCUUCGACCAGUUCAUCUUCGUCCUCGGUCGCUUCGUCGUCAUCGGCCACCCAGCCGGGAAACACCGGAGUCCCAGCAACUCAAAAGGUGACCACCGACGGAAAAUGCGGUGCCGCCAACGGCGGAACUGUCUGUGGCAACUGGGCGUUGGGCAACUGCUGCUCCAGCUACGGAUAUUGCGGAAACACGGCUGCUCACUGCGGUGAUGGUUGCCAGAGCGGAAACUGCGUCAACCCACCUGCUGGACAGUCCUCUGCUAACACCAACGGUGCUCCCACUACCAUCAGCACUUCUGCCAUCGGUGGCAACACCGCUGUUGUUGCUACUUCUUCCAGCAGCUCGUCUUCUUCCAGCAUUGCAUCUUCUUCAAGUACUUCCAGUAGCGCCGCUUCUACUCCAAGUGCCAAGGUAACUGUCGAUGGCUCUUGUGGCAAGCAGUUUGGCAACACUGUCUGUGGCAACUGGCCCAUUGGAAAUUGCUGUUCCUCGUACGGAUACUGCGGUUCCGGAGCCACAUACUGCGGCGAUGGCUGCCAGAGUGGAAACUGCGUCAACCCACCUCUGUCAGCUUCUUCCUCAUCUUUGAGCAGCUCCCAGGCUACCACGAUGGUUACCUCCGUUUCUCAGACCUCUAGCAGCAGCACCAGCAGCACCGCCUCGUCAACCCCGAGCCCCUCCCUCCAGGUCACAAAGGACGGCUCCUGCGGCGCUCAGUACGGCGAAACGGUAUGUGGAAACUGGGCAGCUGGUAACUGCUGCUCCAUGUACGGAUACUGUGGCAACGGCUCGGCCCAUUGUGGAGAUGGUUGCCAGAGCGGUAACUGCACAGGACCUCCUCAUCUCCCUGCUCCUGGACCCAAGGCUGCCCCUGCCAGUUCCAACCCCGGUUCCUUCAAGAUCGUUGGUGAGUCGGGUGUACCUGCUAUGCACUGUGGUCUACUGCCCAACGGAAAGGUCUUCUUCUUGGACAAGGUCGAGUCCUUCACCCAGCUUAAGCUGCCCAACGGUGACUGGGCCUACUCUUCCGAGUAUGAUCCCGAGACAAACACGGCUGUCCCGCUGUCGUACAAGACCAACUCUUUCUGCUCUGGUGGUGCACCUCUUGCCAAUGGUCGCUUCAUGUCGAUUGGUGGCAACGCCCCGCUGCCUUGGCUGGCUCCGGAUGUUGGUGAUGGUUUCGACGGCAUCCGUUACCUGACGCGCUCCUUGGACAAAAACUCGUCGAUGGAUGGCCAAGGCUGGGAUGAGCCAGGUAACAAGCUGUCGUCUCCCCGUUGGUACCCCAGCGCCCAGACUCUGCCCGAUGGUCGUGUCUUUGUCGCGUCCGGUAGCUUGAAUGGUCUUGCCCCGGAGAACUCGUCCAACAACAACCCGACAUACGAGAUGCUUGACCGUAACGGAGUCUCGUCUGGCCAAUAUGUUAAGAUGGACCUCCUUGAGAGGGCUCAGCCAUACUACAUGUACCCAUUCAUUCACCUCCUGAACGACGGCAAUCUCUUCAUUUUUGCCGCCCAAAUCUCGCAGAUCUUCAGCGUCGGCAGCGGUGCCACCACUGGUACGGUUGUCAAGGAGAUGCCCGAGCUGCCCGGUGACUACCGUACUUACCCCAACACCGGCGGCUCUGUCAUGUUGCCUCUUUCCAAGGCCAACGGCUACGCACCAGAUAUCCUCAUCUGCGGAGGUGGUCCUUACCAGGACGUCACUGCCCCGACCGAGCCGUCCUGUGGCCGCAUCAAGCCAUUGGACCCGAACCCCAAGUGGGAGAUGGACGCCAUGCCCGACGGACGUGUCAUGACUGAAGGUGUACUCCUGCUGGAUGGCACCGUCUUCUUUGUCAACGGCGCUCACCAGGGAGCCCAGGGCUUUGGCGUGGCCGACAAGCCCGCUUUCACCUCGCUCCUCUACGAUCCCGCCCUGCCCGUUGGCCAGCGUUUCACGACUGCUGCAACUAGCACCAUCGCGCGCAUGUAUCACUCGGUGUCGCUGAUGCUCGAGGAUGGCACCGUCCUCAUCGCUGGUAGCAAUCCGGUCCAGCAGCCCAUUCUGGAGGUGAGCGCCGACACACCCUUCGCGACCGAGUUCCGCGUUGAGCGCUACACACCCCCAUACUUGAGCAACGGCAAGCAGAACCUGAGGCCGCUCAACGUGACCCUGUCCGGCACCAGCAUGAAUCCCGGCCCCGCCGGUAGCAGCAUCCUCAACGUUCGCUUCGGCCUCCCCAGCUCCACGGUCAAGGACCUCAAGGUCGCGCUGUACUACAACGGCUACGUUACCCACAGCGUGCACAUGGGCCACCGCAUGGUCUACCUCGAGAACACUGGCUUCGCGGUCGGCAAGACGGCUCAGAACCUCAUCGUCCAGGCUCCCCCAAGCAACAACAUCACGCCGCCGGGCUAUUACAUCUUGUUCGUGAUUGCCGAUGGUGUGCCGAGCGUAGGCCAGCAGAUCAUGAUCAACUAG